AUGACAUCUUCUGUUGAGCCCCGAAAGCAUGCCGACUACCAUGUGUCUCCGAACCGGCAGUCACUGCCCUCCAUCUCAGAGUUCAUUCAAGAUACUAAGCCAGCCGCUUAUACUCAUAGACCUCUCUCUAGCGUCCAGACUGACUCCAGACUUUCCCUGCCUCUCGCAUCUUCCCUCAGUCAAGGCGGAGAUUCCAUCCCAGCAUCGCCAACCCCAGCAGCAGAAGACGCAGGAGCCUCAUCCUCCUUUCAGACAAGGACAUUCUCACUCAGCUCCACCAUCCCCCCCUCCAGAUCCGGUUUCCUCUCAGCCCCGCUCACUACCUCCUGGCCAGAUACCUCUUGCCCUUAUCCGACCCCUCCCAGACACGACUUUGCUACUCAAGCCGGAUAUGAUGCCUCAGUCAACAGACACCCUAGGAGCUGGAGCUACCGAGAUUCAUUAAUCAAAUUAGUUCCUCAUCCCGCAUCAUUCUUGACUGUGCUGAAACGUAUAAUCGAAUUGCUUAAUGAGCGGGCUCGUGAAGGAGCCAAGAUGAAGGAGGAGAACCAUGCACCUGUUUCUGUAUAUGCUAUGCAGCCCUCAUCUGGCACGACAGGAACCACGAAGCGACUGGCAUGUGCGUCCCAAACUGGCAGAUGCCACAAAUGCGGCCGGACUCAGACCCCUGAAUGGCGCCGCGGACCCGAUGGAAUAAGGACACUGUGUAACGCAUGCGGCUUACACUAUGCCAAACUAAAAAGGAAGCAUCAAAUCAAAGCAAGUUCGAUCCGUCCGGAACCCGAAAAAGCACUUCAGCUGCGAGGCUCAGAGUUGCUGCAGGAUGGCUUAGGCCCAGGAGCCGCCAUUCCGUGUCAUUUCUCGACUACAGUACAGAUAUUCUCAAAAUCAUCUACCAUUAAGAGAUCAUCCUAGGGCACUUUCCCGUUGAUGUUUAAUGGGUACUCGAGGCUAGCCUCG